AUUUAGAUAUAGAUAUGGUUUUUUAUUUGCAUGAUUGUCAAGUUGGAUUGCUUAUCUCAUGAUUGAAACAAAAGUAUGAAUUCUUUAAUGUAUUCUUUAAAACAAUAAACUGGAAAGAAUAUUCUUAUAGAUCCAAAUACAAAAAUUCUUUUCAAUAAACAAAUAUGUGGGUAUUUGGUUAUGGAUCACUUAUAUGGAAAGUUGAUUUUCCUUAUGAAAAAAGAAUCAUCGGUUACAUUAAGGGAUAUGUGAGACGAUUUUAUCAAAAAAGUACUGAUCACAGAGGAACACCCGCUAAGCCUGGCCGUGUUGUUACCUUGCUUCCAUCCGACAAUCCAAAUGAUGAAGUAUGGGGUCUUGCUUAUAAAAUAUCUGGUGAAAAUGUAGAUAAUGUUGUUGCACAUUUAGACUUCAGAGAAAAAGGUGGCUAUAAAAGAAAUACUGUUCUCUUUUAUCCUUAUGCUAGUCUUAACGACGUUGACAAAAGUCUUUCUUCUACUUCCUUAGACAAUAUUGUAAAUACAAAUAAUACAAUUAUAGAGCCAAUUACAGAUAAAGAUCCGUUCUACCUGACAAUCUAUAUAGGUAGCAAAGAUAAUCCUAAUUAUGUAGGCGCUGAAAAUAUAGAGACAUUAGCAAAUUGUAUAUUUAAUGCACAUGGUCCUAGCGGAUCAAAUAGAGAAUAUCUUUAUAAAUUAGCAUCUGUUGUACGUACCUUAAUUCCAAAUGCUAACGAUGAAUAUUUGUUUUUAUUAGAAAAAGCUGUAAAAAAGUUAGAAAAAGAUUCGGAGAAAAAAAACGAAUAAUA